AUGCCUCAAAAGAUUCAAGACUACUGUCGUCUACUAUCAUAGCAUGUUAACACGAAAUGCACUUCUCAAAGACAUACUCGCAAUUGCUGCAAACACUACCCCCAGAGCUACGCGAAAAUGCCAUACAGUACCGCCAACUCAAGAGACUCAUCAACCAACUGGUCCAAGAGCUCUCUUCUCUUGGUCUCAGUCCCACUGUGCUCCAACAAUUGCUAGAACAACAGAAUCCUACGAGUUUGACCGCCCAGAUCGAGGAAAUACGACAGCAGUGUGAUCGAGUUUCUGACUGCGAUGGUGAUCACCAACGACACGUCACCGUAGUCUACGAGUUUAUUGGGACGUCUUCUCAUAUCGAACCUCGUCUCCGGCUGUCAAUCAAGCAUCCAACAGACGCUACGGAUAUUGCAUCUGGUCACACGACCACACCGGACAGCAUCCUAGAGGCUCUACAGCUUCAUUCCCAAGCGCUAGAGAGCAACAAGGCCUUGGUGGACAUCUGUUAUUCAUCAACGAACACCCACGAUCUUAUCAUACCAUUACGGUCCGAUACCGCAUUCUUUCACCUAUUAAAUACCGCCCUUGCAUCGCUCGCUGAACACCUUAAUACCGUGCAUGGCGGUUUCACAUCUACGCUACAAAGUCUGGCUCAUGCUAUUAGUGCGACAGCACGUCCCACCUCCUCGUCGGCACGUUCCUUCUCGACUUAUUCAAUGGCCAUCAGUAACGCUGCCACAUUGCGACCCAGCGCUGGCAGCCAAAAUACAGAUCUAUAUUCAUGGAGAGAGAUAUUUCAGAUGUACGUUGAAAGUGAAAUCUUCGAGAGUGUCGGGGAGAAAACUCGUGGGGAACGCAGUGUCGAGGAAACAGAGACCCGCAUGAAGCAGUUUGAAAAAGGCAUGCAGGAGAAGAGAAAUAAGCUCAAGCUUGCUGGAAGCAAGGAUGCGCUGGAUGUUUUCAUGCGGAUGAACUUUUUUAUCUUGGAUUUAAAGAGGUUCCAAUUUGCGAAUGCCGAGGCGACCCGCAAGAUUCUGAAGAAGCAUACGAAGCGGACCGCAUUACCCCUUCCUUCCUACCUUCUUCCACUCUGGAAUGGACCAUUGCCAGCGUCUCCACCCUCAACGGAGUUGGCCUUGUUGCCUUGGCGGUCCCCAGUAUCUUUGCCUCGACUCCUCGUGCAAGCUAUCGGCGAAAUUCUACUUCCAAUUGUGCCUCACGUCGACGAUUAUUCGUGUCUUAUCUGUACCAGUCUCGCGUUCAAGCCAAUCAGACUUGCUUGUGGCCAUUUAUUUUGUGUAAGAUGUCUCGUGAAGCUUCAAAAGCUCGGGAAAGCGAACUGCCCUAUUUGCAGGGCCCCUACGGUGCUAAAGGCUGACCGCACCAACGUUGAUUAUGCUCUCUUGAACUUUAUGGCUGACUGGUUUCCCCUGGAGUCGCGUGUGAAGCUGAGUACUAACGAGCGCGAGGCAGCAAAGGAGGAGCUUGAAGAGCUUGGUCUUAGUGGAGGAUGUCGAGUGAUGUAAAUCACGAGCGGGACGACAGUUCUGUCUGGACAGUUUGGACAUGGGCUCGAGAGGUGCGUUAUGGUACAGUAUUUAUAUUGGAAUGCGAUGGCUUGCGGAUUUUAGACGUGGUUAUAUUAUGUUUUCUAUUUAAACAGAAUGAUAA